AAAUAAUUUGAGCUAUUAGGCCAUGACCUCUAAACACUGGACAGCAGAUCCAGAUGGAGAAGUUCAGAUCAAGAAAACGUUGUCUGGUCCAUCAUCAGUUCCCCCCAGGACUAUACAUGAUGUGUUUCUAGCUACAGUAACGGCCCAUAAAGACAGCCCCGCACUAAAAGUAAAGCGAACGAAAGGUUGGGCCACGUGGACAUACAAUCAAUAUUAUAACGACUGUAGUACAGCUGCGAAAGCCUUCAUCAAACUUGGUUUACAGCCGGCUAGUGCCGUGUGUAUUAUGGGAUUUAACGCUCCAGAGUGGUUUAUCGCAGAUAUAGGAUCCAUAAUGGCGGGAGGCAUUGCAGCCGGGAUUUACACAACUAACUCUGCCGAGAGUUGUAAAUAUAUCCUGUCUCAUUCUAAGGCUCAGUUUAUAGUAGUGGAGAACAGGGCCAUGCUGGAUAAAAUACUGCAGGUUAAACAGCAGUUACCAAGCUUGCUGUAUGUAAUUGUGUACGAUGACGUAGUUACUCAAGAGCAAAAGGAUCAAAACGUUUUGGAUUGGGAUACUUUCAUGAAGAUAGGAAGUGAUAUACCUGAGUAUGAACUACAGUGGCGACUGAAGAAUCAGAAACCCAACAAAUGUUCCACUUUAAUAUACACAAGCGGAACCACCGGGCCUCCAAAGGCUGUGAUGUUGUCUCACGACAAUAUCUCGUGGACUGCACUGGCAUGUUGCCAGAUCCUGAAUGUUCGAGAAACUUCCGAUGUUGUUUCGUACCUUCCCCUCAGUCACAUUGCCGCGCAAAUUAUUGAUUUACACGGACCUAUGGCUUGUGGCGCGACAGUGUGGUUCGCUAAAUCGGACGCGCUGAAGGGGACCCUUGUAGACACGUUACAAGAAGUCAGACCCACAAUGUUCCUGGGGGUACCCAGGGUAUGGGAGAAGAUACAGGACAAAGUUGAGAUGCAGAUUAACGAAAUGAAGGGGUUCAAGAGAGCUCUUACUAAAUGGGCCCAGCGGAUCGGAACAGAUGUGGGUGAAGCUAAACAGAACAGCACGGAGAUGCCCCGAGGCUACUGGAUGGCUGACAGAAAGAGCAAAGAAUACCCGGCAGGCUACUGGUUUGCAGACAGGUUGGUUUUCAAUAAGAUAAAACAAAUUCUUGGUCUGGACAGAUGCAUCUUACAGGCAUCAGCUGCUGCCCCCAUCACCCAGGAAACUAUUGCCUUCUUCCAGAGCCUCGAUAUUCCUGUCUACGAGAUCUACGGGAUGAGCGAAUGUUCCGGACCUCAAACCCUCUCUUUUGAUGGACAGCACAAAGCAGGUAGUACAGGUAAGAGCAUCCCCGGCUCGGAGAUAAAGAUUGAAAUGCCGGAUCGGGACGGAAAUGGCGAGAUUUGUUACCGGGGGAGACAUAUCUUUAUGGGGUACAUGCACGACGAGGACACUACGUCUAAAACUGUCGACAAAGAUGGAUGGCUGCACUCUGGUGAUAUUGGGAAACUAGAUAAAAACAAUUUCCUCACGAUAACUGGGAGAAUAAAAGAAAUAAUCAUCACGGCGGGUGGAGAGAAUAUCGCGCCUAUUCCUAUAGAAGAUAAGGUAAAACAGUACGCGCCAAUAGUUAGUAACUGUAUGGUAAUAGGUGACAAGAUGAAGUUCUUGUCACUUGUGUGUACCCUGAGGUGCGUGAUGAGUGACGCGCACGAACCGCUAGAUGAGCUCGACUGGAUCUCCCUGGAUCAAUGUCGGAAACUUGGCAGCUGCGCUAAAACUGUUUCUGAAGCUCUGAUGGAUCCUCUGGUUUUGAACAACAUAAAGAGGGCAGUACAAGAGGCCAACAAACAAGCUGUCAGCAACGCCUCUAAAAUACAGAAGUUCCGGAUCCUUCCAGAAGACUUCUCAAUAGGAGGAGGUGAGCUGGGACCCACACUCAAGCUGAAGAGAAGAGUAGUGAUGACUAAAUACGCGGAUAUAAUAGACGAGAUGUAUGAGGAUUACAACGAGAGACCGCCCUCACCCUCUAGCAAACCUGAAAGGCUCCCAUCCCACGCGUCAGCUCCGUCGGCAGCUAGCGCUAAGCGCCCUGAAAGUGACUCCUCAACGGAGGACAAGAUAAUAGCCCAGCACUUGGACGAGCUCUCUCUCCAUUUAGAACAGGAGCGUGUAGCCCAGUUACCUGGUUAUAGGUCUAGAACAAGUUCUCAACUCUCUGAAGAUGCCCGUCCUCCCUUCCCUCCACUGCAGACGCAGUUAUGACUAGGCGUACCAAAUGGCGAGAUUCCGCCGAGCAAGCUUUAGUUCCAAAACACUUCCGAUGAGAUCCCGGUACCGUCCGCUCCUUAUAUGGGCAUCACGUGUACCGUCCGCUCCUUAUACGGGCAUCACGUGUUCCGGUGCUAGCAGAUACGAACCGCACUGAUCACGUGUCACCUGUCACGUGACAAGAUAACGCAGUAUAGAUUGCGUGUGUUUGUGUGUCACGAACUGUAUACUCUAAAAUAAUGUCUAUUAUAAUGUUAGCCUUUUCCGAUGUAAAGUGUGAAAUGUUUGGUUUUUUGAUGAUUUGCGUAUGAAGCCGGUAACUUUGUAUGUUGGUGAUUCGAAGAGAUUUAUAUGAUACAGUCUAGCAUUGUCAACCAAUGUGGUUAGUGUUUAGAAUGGAAGUAAUUAAUCUGAAAUUGCCGGGUAAUUGACUGUUAAUUGCCGGGUAAUUGACUGGAUUGUAUCAGCGGUUAAAGAUAUCAGUUUUUUUGCACUGAACUGCAGCUCCGCCUGGAACUGUCCUGUUCAGAUGUGAUAUCCUGGUCGAGGGUUCUAGUUUGAUGUUUAUAGUAUUAUUGGUUCUUGUUCUUUUAUCACUAGGUUACAUAGGGACGCGUGAGUGAAAUUGUAGUAGCGUGCCGUUAUUAUAAUAUAGAAUUGUCGUGGAACUUUAUAAAUGUGUAGAAGCCUUUAUGAACAAUGCUUGAAGAGUGUGUUAGGCCCAACGCGUGAUAUUUUAUUAACAUUGGGUUUGACUUGAUUUUGUAUUGAAAGUGUAUUCAGUUGUGUGAGAAUUAAAGCGCGACACAAUGCCGCGACGGUCAGGAUAAAAUUUUGAAUUUAUGUCUGUGCUCUGCAGUCGACAAUUUACGUGUAAAUAGUCUGGUAUGAGAAUACGGGUAUUUUCAUGAUGAUAGAGCAUGCCAAUUUUAGGUCAAAUAAUUAAUUGAAUAAAUGGUCGAUUAUAACUUGCUUUGCCAUUGGUUCAUACUGUAUUUUCGAUAUUUUUGCCCGUAGUGAGAGUAUAUUGCUUCUGUUAGAUGUCGAUCUGUGGUGGAAGUGACUCAAAAGUCCGGAUCCAACUUUUGUUCUCAUUCAUAUGGGUCACAUAUUCCUAAUUGCCAUGAAGCCGAGAUAGUUAUGUGAUAUAAAUUGAUUUAGUCAAGUUUAGAUUACAAAUUUAAGUUGAUCUUAAAUUGUUGAAAUUCUAAUGGAAAAUUUAAAAUAUUAAAAUUCUCGAUUAUGAAGUCUACUUUAUCAGCUCCAUAGUAUUAGUACGUUUUACAGGGAAAUUGCUUAACAUUGGUGUUAGUAAAAGAAACAUUUUUACUUUCACCUAAAGUGCUAAUCUAUUAUCCUUCGAUAUUAGGCUAUAAGCGCACGCGCAGCUCAUAAAACAAGCUAAGGAUUAUAAUAAAGUUGAAGUUAAACUUUAAAUUGUCUGCAAGUGUAAUACUUAUAGUACUAGGUUUCCUAGCUGGGUUCAAUCAGUGGUUUUGGUAGAAAGUAAAGCUGUAUAAUCAUGGGGCUGAUAACUUAAUAUAACCUUUGCAAUUAUGAAUAGUAUCUACUUCUUAUCGUAAAAGUUUGUUGGCAAAUGAUGUGAGUUCUAAUUUUGAACUGAAA